AUGUGGGCAGGCCAACCGCCAUCGGCCCCGUCGGAGGGGCCCCCCAUAGAGGGCCCCCUGGUAGAGGUCCUCUCGCAGGGCCCUCUGCAUGGCCCUCCACAGCGCCUAACCCCCCCGAGACUACCUAAGGCAGAGCAUUUCAGAGGCCUGUUGAACGGCUUGGUAAAUCUAGUACCUAUCGAGAACAGAGGAGAGGCCCGGGGCCUCGCAAAGGACCUAAGCGACCUAUUUGCAAGUCAGAAACAGGGGCGCCACCACUCGAAGGAAAGCCUGGGAGGGCUUACGGCAGCCCACCUACAGAAAGUAGUUACGGAGGCGGUCCAGGCUGCCGUGGGACCCAACCGAAGUGCGACACAGGGCCGCUCGUGGGCUGCAGUGGCCGCAGGGCCCGGGCAAGGCUUGCAAGCUCAACCUACGAAAAUCAUCCCCCAGAGGGCCGACCGGGAGCUACUAGUGCGGGGAGCCAACGUGUCAGCCGACCUUGCACAAAGGUCCCCAGUCGAAAUCAUCCAGGCCAUCAACCAAGCCUCAACCAAGCAGGGAGCUAUUGCAGCCCGGAAGCUCCCUAGCGGGGACACAGUGAUUCAACAAGCCUUCGGGGAGCAGGCUAAAGAGGCUGGCAGAACUUACGCAGUGCUGGUGAAGGGCCUGAGGAAGGCCGACCUACAGGGUACUACGGAGGAGGUGUUCGGGGGAGAACUAGGCCUUUGGUCAGUGGACAAGGUCAAAUUCAGAGUCCCAACCAACCCAGGGUUUACCAGGGCGACGGUACUAGUUGCACUUAGAGACCAAGAGGAGGCUCGGAAGGCCUGUGACCAGGGGAUAAUCUGGAACGCUCAGCUACUCGACUGCGAGCCCUACUGGGCAAUGCUGGAACCGAAACAGUGCUUCAAGUGUUGGAAAUGGGGCCACAUACAGAGGUUUUGCCAGAAAGAGGCCCUGUGUGGGAGGUGUGGUACGGGAGCCCAUGGGGAGGGUGGGAGGGCCGGGGAGGCCCUCUGCCCUACCCAGCAGGGUCAGGUGCCCUGUAAGUGCCCCUGCUGCGGAGGAAGGCACCCGGGCUGGGCCAAGGAGUGCCCGGGAAGGGCCAGGGCCAAGAAGGAGGCGAGAGAGGCAUACCAAUACCGACCAAGGGUGUUCGAGCCAGCUCGGACAGCAGCUGCGGAGCCUAUAACAGCACCAAGAUCAGCAUUCACCUACGAGAAGGCCCGACCACAGGAGGAGGAGUAUGGAUUUCUGAGAGUCGGGGCAAAAAGGCCACGGUUGGGCAGAGGCCGGCCAACGCUGAUUUCAGUGGCUGGAAGGGACCCCUCCCAAAGCCGGAUUAGCCUUGGUUCAGGGGGGAUAUUCGGAGCUAUCCAGCCCACCCAGCCCACUCAGCCCACCCAGCCUACCCAGCCUACCCAGCCGGCCGAACAGGCCCAACCAGCUGAAGACGCAACUAUGGAAACUAAUGAAAAUUAG